CUGUUAGGAAAGACAAUUGACAUGGAAAAUUCAGUUGAAAGGUAGGCUGUGAGAGUAACACGGUAAAUUAUAUUAAACAAUUGGGUUUGGUAGUACUUAACCAUCUCCUAAUUCCGAAUCAUUCGUUCAGGUUCUUGUGAUAAAAUUAUUGGCACAAAUGCAAGUAUUUAUACGCUUGUCCUGAACACAGUUCUCACUGUAUCUUUCUGGUAAAUUUUCCUAAAAAGGACAAAGUUGUGUUCCUUUCGAGUGUAUAAAUGGCAGGUGGUGUAGAUCAAGCUGUCCCUUCUGUUGUGUCUAAAACUGCCAUUGACAGGAGCCAAGAACCGGACAAAACUAACCACCACAAACCUGGUAUUGAGGCAUUGCUGAUGGCCCAGAAAAUACCAAAGGCAGUUACACCGGUUUCUUCUGCUGCCGACAGGGAGUCCAUUAGACGGCCUCGAGGCAGACCUGCAGGCUCCAAAAACAAACCCAAACCGCCCAUCAUCGUCACCCGUGACAGCGCAAAUGCGCUUCGGGCACAUGCCAUGGAAGUGAGCUCCGGUUGUGAUGUGAGUGAGAGCUUAGCCAACUUUGCCAGGAGGAAGCAGCGAGGCAUUUGCAUACUCAGCGGAAGUGGAUGUGUAACUAAUGUCACGCUUCGGCAACCAGCCUCAUCUGGUGCCAUCGUAACCCUUCAUGGCAGGUUUGAGAUUCUCUCGUUGCUGGGUUCAAUCCUGCCUCCUCCGGCCCCACCUGGGAUAACAGGCCUGACAAUCUACUUGGCCGGGGCUCAGGGCCAGGUUGUAGGUGGAGGUGUUGUUGGCUCGCUCAUUGCCUCAGGCCCUGUCGUGAUCAUGGCUGCAUCGUUCAUGAACGCCACGUUUGAUCGCUUACCGUUGGAUGAGGAUGAAGUAGCUGCAGCUCUGCAGAAUCAGCACUAUCAAAAUGGUCGUCAUCAUCCCUUGGAUGUCUCGGAUCUAUAUGGGAUGCCUCAGAACUUGCUCACCAAUGGUAAUAUGCCUCCUGAGGUCUUCUCCUGGGCUUCAUGCCGAACCAUGUCAAAGACUCAAGUUUGAUUUGGAGAAUUUCACCAUGUCUCAUUACUGAUGGUGUUUUUAUUCUGCGUCGCUCUGUUAUCUGUCCAGCAAAUAUAUAAAGCUUUCUGAGUAGACUUUUAGCUUCACUUAUUAGAUAAUACCUGUUAUACUACCACUUGCAUUUGUUUUCAAUAUCUCUUUUUUUUUGUGUGUGGCUAUAAAAAUAUCUCCUGUAUCAUUGUAUUAACCAAGUGUGAAUCAAAAGAUUUAAUAUUCCUUCUUAAUACUUUGGACA